AUGAAUCCCUUUACUGUCUCUUCAACACUGGUUCCCAAGCGAAAACGCUUGUCUUGUGCGUGUAAUUACUGCAGGGCUAAAAAGACAAGAUGCGACGAGCAGCGACCUAGGUGCACAAACUGCCAAUUGGCCGGUGUGCCAUGCAUCACGGUUGACAGACGGCGAACCAAAGCAGCCGAUCAGCAGCGUCGUAGAAAUGAAACUACAAAGAUUCGACACCUGAAGACAGGAGCCCGGACAGCCUCGGCACUGCUUUCCCCUGAGACAACGAGUGUCAGUCCGCCGCUAAAUCCGGAUGGCCCAGCAUUCCCAACAUCCCCUUUUCCUGUUCGAAGAGGCUCACAUGAUUCAUCCAAAGCAAGUUGGGACGACACUAAGGAUGACACGAGGUACCUACCCUUGGUGCCUUUCCGAGCUGGAGCCAGUGUUGUGCAGAUGUCCACUCGAUGGCUCGAUCUAGCGCUCUCUCGUCUUCAUGUCUCGUCGUCUUCCGCUAUCCGCGUGACUUUGAUUGCAUGCUCACUCAGCACCAACACUCCGUACAAGUAUGCGGUCGCCCUCACAGAGCCUGGUCUCCCUCCCGUCGAUGAUUUCGGCAAGUUUGUCAAGUUAUAUCUCAAGAUCUACGAUCCUAUAUAUCCAUUUUUGGAAUACGAGACGUUGUUGAAUCUGCAUUUGGACCAUGGAAGAACUGACACGGUUGAAAGCCCUUCCCGAUCAAUGCUCCUCUACCUGAUUGUAAUACUGGGCUCUAUGGCAAGUCUACCAAUAUCCCAUGAGCGUCUCGACACAUAUCUGGCAUACUGUCACUCGCUUGUGGGUCACCUUAUACUAUACCCUGUCUUGGAAUCGGUGCAGGCACUGCUCUUGUUUUCAAUCACCUUACGUCUUCGAGAUCAAUUAUCUCAAGCAUGGGAUGUCCUCACACUAGCUGUCUCUAUGUCGCAGACAUUGGGGCUCAACGCUCUUUUUUCCCAACAGCGAUCGGCACAUGAAAGAGUAUCGAAAUGCGAUAAAGACUCCAUGCGUACAUGGUGGGUUUUGUGCGUGUUUGAGAAAUUUCUGGCUUUUGAUUCUGGACGAAUUUCCAACCUGGAUGAUCCAAAAUUAUCCUCUUUGGGACGACAAUGUCAGACUCAAUCAAUGGAUAAUGAGCAUUCGACGCUUCCAGAUUACCAAAGAUCCAUAAUCUCGUUAGCGAAUAUUCUUAAUGAAAUGCAGCAUCGCUCCUGGCAAACGUGGCUCAGAGAAAACCGUGAUCCAAAGAGCAAGGCAGAAGCAGGCGCAAACAAGAUUCGUGCUGCGGGUGCAAUUGAUACAUUGCUGUGGAAGUGGAAGAUGAGUCUACCUUCUGAGUAUCAUAUCGCAACAUCCAGCGCUGCGAAUCUACAUCUUAUGCCGCAGUGGGCUUUUCUCUCAUUUUACUAUUAUCAAGCGGUCAUUGUACUAUACCGAAAUGUUCUUGCACUCGAUUGGAACGAACUGAAAGGGGAGAUCGAUAAGGCUGGUUCUGGGGAACCGUGGCAUCUGCGAAUUUGCAAUAGCCCUCAAAUAUGUCUUGAGGUGGCCAAAGAGAUGAUAAAUUUACAAGCUAUAGUGACCGAUGCCGAGGAACCCAGCUUUUUAUCGCUGGCCACCUCACCACUGGCAGCCGCUUUUGUUCUGGUGGUUCAUAUCCGUCACCAGCCGGUUUCAAUCUUGACCCGGACGCACUUUGAGCUCAUGAAAGUGGCGAUGGCUAUCUCGCGACAGCGACAUCCAUACGACGCGAGUGAGAGCCCGCUGAACAAAGCUUUGGAAGCCUUAGAGCAAUAUGUUGCACGAUCUCUGACUGAUACAGCCCUUCAAUCUCCUCAAGUAAUCCACCCAGAUUCUGUUUUUGAGAACAGUCUCGCCGCCGGGCUAGAUCUGGACGUACUUGAAUUUUCAGUAUUUCCAUGGGAGCCUAUAGACUGGCUAGGCUGGGAUUGGGAUGGAUUCAUCCCCCAAGCUUAA